GCCAAAAUGGUGAUGGAAUCUAAAACGACUAGUAAAACCAGCUCCCUAAAAGCCCUACUUUUAAGGGCCUGGCGGGAGCGCUGGACCGAUUUGCAAUGGGGCAUCAACAUCAAAACUGUAUUACCUCGCGGGGUCAGCGGUGACGUUUACAAUUUGGCUGACUGUAUCCUGCAACAGGCUGUAGUAGGAGCGGGAGCCAACCAGCUAGUAUUGAGCUAUUUGAGACACUCACUGAGUGCCCAACUAGUAUCACAUGCUGCAGUUUUGCAACGCUUAAGCAAAUAUAACCAGUUUAAUAAAGUCCAUUGCGUUACGAGUCUUUUGGAGUUUCUAGAAGGCAUGUUACCGGGUGUAACAUGUUUUGGAAAACCUGAAGAAACUGUUUUGGCAACAGCUGUUUUGUCUACAACAGUUUGGCUGUUGAAUAUUUUACAACAAUGCAAAGACAGUCAAGGUUUAAUACAAAAAGCUAGUGAACUGUUAAAAAUACUAUUAAAUGACGACUUCUAUGUUAGCAUGAUUUGUUUGGCCAAAUACAACGACCCAGAGCUGUUCCAAGAAACCCAAAGCAAGUGCACAGAACUUGUAACAACCCUAGAAAAUGAAGAACUAAAAUUAGUUACUAAGCUUGAAAACAUUGACAUACACAUGCUUUGUUUAGCAGUCAACAGUGAAAAAUGGCCAGGUUCUUUAAUACAAUGUUGGCUAGAAGUCAAACUAACUGGCAACCCUGGAGCAGACACUUCAACUUUAGCAGAUCAACUGCAAAUUUUCCAAAGACUAAAAGGCUUCAACGAUGCUAGGCUUUAUGCUGAAUUAAUAAGAGGUAGUUUGUUGGCUUUAUAUAAUGUCAACCAAACUCCUCAUGAAAGCCAAUGGGGUGCGUUCACCUUUUUAAAAGUGCCCCACAUUUUACAAGAACUAUCAAAAUCUGAAAGUUCUAGUAGUGUUGUAAACGCUAUUGAGUUGCUUUUGCAACACAGUCCUUUACUAGAUGCAAUGGAUGCCAAUAGUUCUUGUUCCAGCCUAAAGUGUUUGCUGGAUGAGUUGGCUAAAAUCCGCCUAAUAAGUGACCAACAAGCUAAAAAUUUGCUUGAAAAACGUAAAGUACCUACAACACUGAAACUAGACAAUAGUCCUAGCACUGGAAUACCCAAAGUAAUUAUUUGUGCCGAAUCUACAUUGUCUGGUAUCCUAAAAACAUUGUCAACUGAUUACCAUAAGAUUCAAGAUGCUAUUUUGGGCAUGCUCCAUCAAGUACUUACUGGUAAAAGCUUUGAGCUUAUAUUGGCUGUUGCAUGUAGCUCUGGCCAAUUAAAAGCUUUAGUUAAUCGCCUAAUCAGAUUUAAUGAAUGCUCUAAAUUAGGGCAGGACAAAGCCCGCAUUCAACUCUUUGAUAUAAGCUUUGUGAUGCUAAUAUCAAUAGUGCAAAAUUAUGGAGCCCCAGCUGUUUUAGACAGUGAUGGAGAGUCACUUGUAGACCAAUGGGUUGUAGAUUGUUUAGUUGACAGACAUAAGCCUAAAGCCCCUUUGCAACUUUUAUCAAUGUCAGAUCCUGCAAUUGUAGAAGCACUGAUACAACAAUUCAAUGCAGGUGAUAGUGAUUUUAAACCAAACAUGAAGCUUAAAGAUGUUUUGUUUAAUAUGCCUGGAGUUAUGCAUGAGGUUUUAGUAGCAUGGGAACAAGGGGCUUUAGUUGCGUCAGAUGUUAAAAGAAUCCUAGACGCUGUCAGAGGUAAAAUGUGUUGCUUACCCAUUGCAGCUGCUACAUAUUUAUGUUCAUAUAUGCGCACUGCACCACAAGAGACUCUUCUAAAACCCAUAAAUAUGGUGCAACAAUUGCUAGCAAGCCCAACAACUACUGAAGAAGACAGUUUAAGAGACCGUUGGCAAUUGACAUGUGAAAUAAUCAGAAAAAUGCAACGCGACAUUCAAUUGCCCACUACUAAAAGUAGCCAUCAUUUUGUAUCAAGAUCACCUGCAACUGAAUGGCUUCAUGGUACUUGGACUUGUGGUAUAACAAAAGGCUGGCUAGAUCAUAAUUCUGCAAGAAUUUUGCAUUGUCUCUUAGACACAGCAGGGCCUAGAUGGUUAGUAAAUGCCAUCAUACAAGAACUAUUAAAGUUGAGAUUCAGAGAUCAACUACAAAGAGGUGUAGAUUUGGCCUUAGCAGUAUUUCAUGUAGAUAUUGUAGCCUGCACUACAGAACUAUUGUCACACAUUUUGCCUCAACUUUUAUACGUUGAUGUACAAACAUUAAUGGAACCUCAACUGACUUCAUUGGCUUACUUAACCAGUUACUGCCUUUAUACUGCUUGGGAUUCAGUUGUAGAUGAACGAGAUGAGGAACCGCCAAUGAAAAUGACAAGAUUUGAUAGUGUAGAGCAACAAAUGCCUGAAACUCCUGCAAAACAAUUAGUCUAUGCACUAUUACAACUAUUGUCAAUGUUUGAGAAGAUGCAAGAAGGCGGAAUCACGCCUCAGACUUAUUUCAUCUUCAAUUUAAUUAAGUCUUUGGUUGAAGUCAAAAUACAGUCGGCCAAUGCUAUUUUGGCCUACAUUCCGGCCACUUUGAUUUCGGAUUUGUUAAAGACUUUGCCUGAUUUGUUUAGUUAUCCGAUGUUGUUGCAUUUGCAUGAUGUCAAUACUACUACUGGUAGGAUUAAUAUGGCUAAGGAUUUGUGUAUUUUGAGGAAUUACCAUUUGAGGAACGCACCUGUUAGUGUGGACACUAGUGGGAGUAAGGACUGAAUUUUUCUUUUUUGUAUGUGUAUUUUAUAUGUUAUUUAUUAUACAUGAUAAUAUGAUUUCAUA